GCGGCCAUGUCUGGCUUCGCGCCGCUUCCUGUACCCGGCUUUGGCCAAGUUGUUGCGCCGGGCUUCUCUCAGGCCGACAACGUCUGUUACCUGUCGCCGGACUUCCUCCAGCAGGGGCCAUCUGGUCAAGUCAUGGUCAUGGGCGCAGAUGGGACGUUGUCGACGUCCUUGUCCACUCCAGGGGACUCCCCUCCCUCGUACACCGAAGGGAAUCAAUUCGACGCGCUCAACAUGCGCUGCGAGUGGGUUGGCGGGCCACCGAUGGCCUUCAAUGAUCCGCAGAGGCCGUUCCCGGCCCAUUUGCCUAUCGCCAUGCCGGGGCAGAUGGUGGACGUCGACGACGUUCUCCGGGCGUUGGAGUUGGCGCCAUCCAUCGGUGCUUGGGCGGCUUCCCCGCCGGGUGACGUCGAUAUGCACCUGGCUCAUCUCCUGAGCAGCCCCCAGUCCGCGACGUGUUACCCUCACGGCGACGGCUCCGGCGACGACGCGCUCGCACAGGCCAUGAACAUCGGGGACGUCCAGGAAGUCAUGGACAACUCGUCCUAUGGCGCCUCGACGAACGGGUCGAGCUUCGAUGCUGCUCUGGAUGUGAACCCUCGCUCCUUCGAGGACGCCCUGGAGUUCCAGAACACCUUCCCGGAUACGGCCGGCCAACUCAUGGACCCAAAUGAGUUCUACCAGACUCAGGCCGCGGAGGCGGCAGUGCAAUACCCUCAGCUCGCAGAGGACCUUGGGCUCAACACCCCGACGACGAGCUUCUCCAUGGACGAUAUGGGGCUGCAGUGGUACUCGAACACGGAGUCCAUGGACGAACUCUUCGCGGGCGUCCCGCUGGAGUCUCACGACGCCUCGGGCCCCUCUUCGGGGGCGGGCCACUCCCACUCCGGGCCUCCGACGCCCACCCAGCACGACGCGUUCUACGGCGCGUCCCUCCCCCCGACCCCGACGGUCGACUACUCCGCCUUCGUGUCGUCGGUCUCCCCCUCCCCGUUCGCGUCGUCGGUCGCCCCCUCCUCGUUCGCGCCGACGCCCGCCCCUUCCCCGUUCGCGCCGACGCCAAUGUCGACGCCGGUCGUCGAGACCGCCGACUUCGGGUCCACGCCGGUCGACAACACGCCGGCGUUGCAGCGCUAUGUGCCCCCCGGCGGCGCAGGGCAAGCCUCUCGGCGCCGCGUCGGGCAGCGGUUCCCUCGUCCGCCCUUCGUGCCCGGGCAGGCGCAGGGGUCGGGCUCUAGGUCGUCGUCGACGUAGAGCGCGCGCUCUUCGUCGCCCUCGCGCGGGUCGGGGUGUUGUCUCCAGGGUCGUCAUGAUCGUCGUCGUCGUCAC